AUGUACGCCAAUACACUAGAACUGCCGCAAACCAUAUCGUGUAAUAUAUUUUGGCCCGAAAGCGAUCUCAUGAAUGGCGAGAAGGCGUUCACGUUAUACACGUUUACUCUCGGCUUUUUCAUACCUUUUGUACUCAUUCUGCUCUUCUAUUUCCUCGUCAUCUGUAAACUAAGAAGAGUUGGCCCUAAGAAUCGGUCCAAAGAGAAGAAACGCUCGCAUAGAAAGGUCACAUACCUUGUGCUCACUGUUAUAUCGGUGUACGUAAUGUGUUGGUUGCCUUAUUGGAUCGGUCAGGUCUACAUCACUUUCCUGCCGCCCGCGCCCUCCCAUCGGUGA